GAUGGCGGCCGCAGGAGUAGAUUUUGGGCACACGAGUUUAGUAAUUGCUGCAUGCAAGGAUGGUAGACCUGAAAUUGUAACAACUGAUACAGGAGAAUGGGUUACUCCUGCCAUUGUAGCAUUCACAGACAAAGAACAGGUGAUGGGAACAGCAGCGAAACUUGGCUUGAUACGAAAUGCUUCCAAUACAAUCACCAAUGUAAAAGCUGUCAUCGGAAGUUUACCAGAUGAAAAAUUUCAUGAAAUAGCAAAGAUCUCACCAGCUAAGAUCAUUCGCAAGAGUAGUCACAUAUUCUAUGAAAUCAACCAGAAUGGAAAACAAAUUCUCAUUUCACCAUCAGAUAUCAUCAACAGCAUGUACAAAAAUAUCUUAAAAAGUGUACAAGCCUACCAUGGUAGUGAUGCAAAUCAAAUUGUCUUAACUGUUCCACUACAUUUUGGUGAAAAGGAACGUGGUGAAAUGAGAAGUGCAGCUGAGAAGGCUGGCUUUCGUGUGCUUCGAAUAAUCCACGAACCAUCAGCUGCUGCUUUGGCAUAUGGAGUAGGACAAGAUGACCCAUCCUCCAACAGUUUAGUAUUGGUAUAUCAUCUUGGUGGUAGAACAUUGCAAAUUACAUUGAUAUCUGUGAAUAGUGGAAUAUACAGAAUAAUAGAUUCGAUUUAUGAUGAUGGUAUUGGAGGAAAGAAAUUUGAUGAGGUUUUGGUUCAUCAUUUAGCCACAGAAUUUAAAAGGAUGUGGAAAGAUGAUAUUAAGGAGAAUAAGAGAGCUAUGGCGAAACUUCGGGCUGGUGCUGAAACAUGUAAACACGUCCUUACGUCCCAUGGAACGGCCACGUGUUCUGUCGAGUCACUUCAUGAUGGAAUUGAUUUUCAAUGUAAUGUUUCCAGAGCACGAUUUGAAUCAUUGAGUUCUCAAUUGUUUCAAAAUUGUCUUAAUCCAAUUAAAGAGCUCCUGGAGAAAUGUAAUAUUCAGGCUGCUAAUAUUGACAAGGUUAUUUUAUGUGGUGGCUCUACACGAAUACCAAGACUACAAUCAUUAUUACAAGAUAUAUUUAAAGGAAAAGAAUUAUUAAAGAGAAUUAGUCCUGAAGGAGUAGUGGCUUAUGGCGCUGCUGUACAGGCGUCACUGCUGCAUGGUGAUAACGUUAGUGAACAACACAGAAAUUCCCACCGAAUAAAUUGUACAGCUAAGGCCAUAGCAGUUAGGGUAAAUAAAGAUACGGAUUCACCUUUAGUCACAGUGAUACCCAGUCUAACACCAAUUCCAGUUAAGAGAAUACAUAAAUUCACCUCCUCACACGAUGAUCAGAGUAAUAUUUGUUUGGAUGUCUUUGAAAUUUUUGAAAACGAUCUUCAAAAAGAACACCAGCUUCUUGCUAAGGUGAUCUUAGAUGAGCUACCCGCAUUACCAAAAGAAGACUGUAAAAUAUCUGCGUCUUUUCAUGUAAAAAUAGAUGGUUCAUUGCAUAUCCAUGUAUCGGAGAAAUCAUCGGGGAAAUCAGUUGGUGUGAUCGUGGAGCAUGGCUAAGGAUAUGUAUAACAAAGCUAAACUAUCACUCUUAUGGAAUUAAAACCUGGUUUUCAUAUGUCACCGACAGUCGGUGAUGCAUGAUCGGUGAUCACUGAAGAAUAAAGUGCUUUGUUAUAUUGUGUAAAUUUUGCACAGCAAAAUCGUCGACUGUCGGUGAUUGAUGAGAACCACGCUUCAUGUUUAUUCACUUCUGGUCCAUUGACAUCAUUCUCAUGCAGUCUGGUAUUGGUUUCCAGCGCGAACCAUCAGUCAUCCUAAAUUUGAAAAUCUUAGCGCCUAAGCUUAAUAUAAAUGCUAGCAAAUUCUGCAAUCUAUAAUUGGUAAAUACGUAACCUAUCCACCGUUUAUGAGCGGUGAACAUAUGCUUAAUGUGGAAAUGCCGAAAACACGUAAUGAACGCAAUUCCAAGUGAUACAAUAGUCAGGAUAUGAGACGUUAGUGAAAUGCAAUAAAAUAACGUUUAAUAAAUACCGUAAUUACAAACGUAUACAAUGGGCGUUUUCGUUUAAACAUAACAUUUUAUUCACAUUCUUUCUCGAAAAAAUAUUUUACAAAUAGAUUAGUAUAUAUUCUGUUGAAUAUUAAAUGUAUUCUAAUAACAUUUAAAAGUAAUAAUGUAAGAAUAUACAACAAUUGUGUAAAGAAAUGCCUAUAGGCUAAUUUAACCGCAAGGUUUUCUAGUUAGACUCUAGAUAAGUGUUGGCAAGACUCUAGACAAGAUUUUCAUUGCCUAAUGUGAAACAAAUCAAAGACAAAAAAAGACAAGAACAGAAAACACAAACACAAGAACAAAAAACACAAACAUGUGUUUCUAAAUUUU